AUUAUAAUAACAAACAUGACUGCCUUAAUAAGUAUCGAUGGUCUAACAAAUAUGCGUAACUAUCCGGUGCUGGCGAUCAUAGCCCUCAUCGCCAUAAUAUUGUUACAAUGUUUUACCAAUAGUUUCGGUGAUGUCUUCAUAUAUAUUUUGAUGAAUAUAUGGCAUACAGUUAUGUCCAGUGGUUUAUCGCAAGCUUUUAUCGCCUCAUUUGUUAUGAUUUUAUGUACAGAAUUGGGCGAUAAAACCUUCUUCAUCACUGCCAUUAUGGCUAUGAAUAAUACAAAGUGGACGGUAUUUAUGGGCUCAAUGACCGCCAAUAUUACGAUGAAUGCCAUAUCAGUUUUGAUAGGAUUGAUGACACAAGUAAUACCAAAACAUUUGAUUAAAAACUUUUCGAUAGUUUUAUUUGCAUUUUUUGGCUGCAAAAUGAUUUACGAAAGUUAUUAUACGGAUAGCAAUCAAUCGCAAGAAGAGUUAGAAGAAGCGGAAAAUGAAUUGAAAAAACUUGAAUCAAAACAAGAAAAGUCAAACUAUAAGUCAAUUAUAUCAACUUUAUUACCAUUUGUAUCAUUUGUAUUCAUUGAGACAUUUUGUCUGAUAUUUUUUGCCGAAUGGGGCGAUAAAUCACAGGUCGGAACCAUUGUGUUGGCCGCACGUGAGGAUCCAAUUGGCGUAAUGUUGGGAUCAAUAUGUGGUUACUCUAUGUGUACAAUGAUUGCCGUAUUGGGCGGCAGUAUUUUGGCCCAAAUUAUAUCGGCUAAAACUGUAACAUUAAUUGGCGGCAUAUCGUUUAUAUCGUUUGCAUUGAUGGCAUUAGUAAUUGGUUCAUAAUAAUUAUUAGGAAAUAUUUAUUUAUUUUUUUAAUUAUAAAUAAUUUUUUUUUAA